ACAACAAAAAAUGUCCUCUUCCUCCCCCACCGGGCAGAUUGCAAGUGCGGCGGACAUCAAGCAGGAGAAUGGGAUGGAAAGCGCCUCAGAAGGACAGGAGGCGCACCGAGAAGUGGCGGGGGGCGCGGCGGCUGGGCUGAGCCCCCCGGCUCCAGCCCCUUUCCCUCUGGAGCCGGGGGACGCCGCGGCUGCCUCCAGGGUAAGCCGGGAGGAAGGGGCAGCGGCGGCGGGAGCGGCCGAUCAGGUACAACUCCACUCGGAACUUCUGGGCAGGCACCAGCACACAGCCGCCGCCGCGCAGCCCCCUCUGGCCUUCUCGCCGGACCAUGUCGCCUGCGUGUGCGAGGCGUUGCAGCAGGGGGGCAACCUGGACCGCCUGGCCCGGUUCCUGUGGUCCCUGCCCCAGAGCGACCUGCUACGUGGCAACGAGAGCCUGCUGAAGGCGCGAGCGCUCGUGGCCUUCCACCAGGGCAUCUACCCUGAGUUGUACAGCAUCCUCGAGAGCCACAGCUUCGAGUCGGCCAACCAUCCGCUGCUGCAGCAGCUCUGGUACAAGGCGCGCUACACCGAGGCCGAGCGAGCGCGCGGCCGGCCGCUGGGCGCCGUGGACAAGUACCGGCUGCGCAGGAAAUUCCCCUUGCCCCGCACCAUCUGGGACGGCGAGGAGACGGUGUAUUGUUUCAAGGAGAAGUCGCGCAACGCGCUCAAGGAGCUCUACAAGCAGAAUCGCUACCCCUCGCCCGCCGAGAAGCGGCACCUAGCCAAGAUCACCGGCCUCUCCCUCACCCAGGUCAGCAACUGGUUCAAGAACCGGCGGCAGCGCGACCGGAACCCCUCCGAGACCCAGUCCAAAAGCGAAUCCGAUGGCAACCCCAGCACUGAAGAUGAGUCCAGCAAGGGACAUGAGGAUCUGUCUCCUCACCCACUUUCGGGUGCAUCUGAUGCCGUCACCAACCUCAGCCUUUCUAGCCACAUGGAGCCGAUAUAUAUGCAACAAAUUGGGAAUGCUAAGAUAUCGUUGAGCUCUUCUGGAGUUUUGUUGAACGGAAACUUGGUACCUGCAAGUACUUCACCUGUCUUCCUUAAUGGUAAUUCUUUUAUUCAGGGGCACAAUGGAGUUAUCCUUAAUGGACUGAACGUGGGAAAUACACAGACGGUGUCGCUGAACCCACCAAAAAUGUCCUCGAACAUUGUGAGCAAUGGCAUAGCCAUGUCGGACCUCUUGGGGUCUGCCUCCCAGGAUGUGAAAGAAUUCAAAGUCCUCCAGAGCUCUGCUGUGAACUCAGCGGCCACCACCUCCUACAGCCCUAGUGCCCCUGUGCCAUUCCCAGGGCUGAUACCCUGCACUGAGGUGAAGAGGGAAGACGUCCAGACAGUGGCCUCCCAGGACGGGGGCUCUGUGGUGACUUUUACUACACCAGUGCAAAUUAACCAGUAUGGCAUCGUCCAGAUCCCUAAUUCCGGAGCAAACGGCCAGUUCCUCAAUGGAGGUGUUGGAUUCUCUCCACUGCAGCUGCCUCCUGUCUCAGUAGCAGCUUCACAAGGUAAUAUUUCAGGAAACUCAAGCACUUCAGAUGGAGGCACGUUUACAAGUGAGUCCAGCACGGUCCAGCAUGGCAAACUUUUCCUGAGCCCUCUUGCUCCCAGCGCAGUGGUCUACACUGUUCCUAAUUCAGGCCAGACUGGAGGAGCUGUGAAACAGGAAGGCUUAGAAAGAGGCCUGGUUUUUUCUCAGCUGAUGCCUGUCAGUCACAACGCACAAGUAAAUGCAAGCCUAUCUCCUGACGAUGUCUCCGGGAGUGGCCUCCAUCCCCUGGCCUCUCCGCUAGUUAACGUGUCCCCGGCUCACAGUUUUUCCCUGUCUCCCCCUACACUACUAAAUCCCACUGAGCUGAACUCGGACAUUGCUGAGAGUCAGCCCCUGUCCACACCUGUGGCAAGUAAAUCUACUGUGACAUCUGUCGGCAACACCAACUAUGCAGCCCUUCAGAACUGUCCCCUUAUUACCGGUCAAGACCUACUGUCAGUCCCUAUGACUCAGGCUGCCCUGGGGGAGAUUGUUCCUCCAGCUGAAGAGCGGGUGGGUCAUGCCUCGCCAGCGGUACACCAGGAUUUUGUCAGAGAGCAUCGCUUGGUUCUGCAGUCAGCAGCCAACCUAAAAGAGAAUUUCCUACAAAAUUCUGAGACCAAAGCAACGAACAGCUUGAUGAUGCUGGACUCCAAAUCCAAGUAUGUCCUGGAUGGCAUGGUUGAAACUGUCUGCGAAGAGCUGGGAACAGAUAAAAAAGAGUUGGCCAAGCUCCAAACUGUCCAGCUGGAUGAAGAUAUGCAAGACUUAUAAGACCGAUUCACUACGCACAUACCCCUUCUCUCCUUCAUCAGCAGCAACUUUUUUUUCCUCUGUGAAGCCCUGAGGAUGAAGAGCCUUUACUCAUUUAGAGGAAAGCACUCAACUUGUGGGAGUAUCUGGAUUGAGCCGCAUGAAGAUCAUAGUUAAGCAUACAGGAGUGGAACUACAUUGCUGAAGCCUUUUCUGUUCACACCAUGUCCGCUUUUAAAUAUACAGCGACGAGGCAACAAGUGAAGAGUAUCAAACCAUCAUAUAUUAUGUAGUCAGCAAUAUAAUUCUAAGGUUGAAAUGGAACGUGAUAGUAUUUUAAAUUUAAACUGUAUACACCUAACUUAGAAAAUUAAAUAAUACCUACAGGCUCUUAGAAGCAAUGA